AUGGCAACAUAUAAAUUAUUAUCACCUAAAUCAUUUGUCACCCUUUUACAAACUGAGACGAAUUCAAGAAUCAUCCCCAUCGAUGCAACAUGGUACCUACCAAACUUGAAAAGAGACGGUCAUGAAGAAUUCCUUACCCAGGAAAGAAUUCCUCGUGCCCUAUAUUUCGAUAUAGACGGCAUUAAAGACAGGGAAUCACCAUACCCUCACAUGGCACCUUCAUUAUCCACUUUCAAUAAAGCAAUGAGCCAACUCGGUGUCAGAAGAGACGACAUCUUGGUGGUUUAUGAUAGAAUCGGGAAUUUUAGUGCUCCUCGUUGCGCAUGGACUUUAGCUUUAUUUGGUCACCCCACAAUUUAUCUAUUGAAUAAUUUUAAUGUUUAUAAAAAGGAAGGAUACCCGUUAGAUACCACCACGAUAUCAAAGGAUUCUCCAUACCAUGAAACAAAUUAUGCUUCUGAUGUGGAUUUAUCUAAGCAAGAAAUCGUCCCAUACGAUCAGAUGUUCCAAUUGGUUCAAAAUGAUGCAUUGGCGAAGGAAUAUAAUGUAUUCGAUGCAAGAGCAUUAGGAAGAUUCGAAGGUAAGGAUCCGGAACCAAGACCUGGAUUACCGUCGGGACAUAUUAAGGGUGCUCAACCUUUGCCAUUUACUGAAGUUUUGGAUUCAAAUGAUAAGACAUAUCCUGAGGAUGAGGUUAAGAUGAAUGUGAAAUUACAAGAUGCCUUUAGGAAAUUGAAUAACCAAUUUGAUCCAAAGAAACCAACCAUUUGUAUGUGUGGGACAGGGGUUACGGGAGCAAUCAUUAAGAACGCUCUUGAGAUCUCUGGUGUGCCCAAUGUAAAAUUAUAUGAUGGUUCAUGGACAGAAUGGGCCUUAAAGGCUGGUGAUGAUUCAUCAUUGAUUGCAAAAAACAGGGAAUGA